CGCAGCUCCCCCUAUCCCACUCCGCUUUGCUUCUCUCCGCCGAGGGACUCGGUUGGACACUGUGCCCCUUUCUCCCCAGCUCUGUGGGCCGCUUCCCGCCCGCACCCGGGGAAGCUGAUCUGACGGCUGCUACCCGCACCCAGUUCCGGUGCUGCUCUUGCCCCGCUCUUCGCGCCUGUGGUGAUGCCAUGCCCCACAAGCACAGCGGAGGAGAGGAGGGCGGCUCCGCCGGGCUCUGGAUGAAGAGCAGCCGCCCGGGGAGCGGCAUGAAGGAUGUGGAAUCCGGCCGCGGCAGGGUGCUCAUGAACUCGGCCCCGAGGGGGGACGGCUUGCUCCUGCUGGGCACCGGCAGCGCCAUCGGUGGCUCGCGGGAGCCCCGGCGGGGGAAGCAAGGGGGAGCCCGGAUGAGCCUGCGGGGGAAGCCGCUGUCGUACAACAGCAGCCAGAGCUGUCGGCGGAACGCCAAGUACCGGAGGCUGCAAAACUAUCUGUACAACGUGCUGGAGCGGCCCCGCGGCUGGGCGUUCAUCUACCACGCGUUCGUUUUUCUUCUUGUAUUUGGUUGCUUGAUUUUGUCAGUGUUUUCUACCAUUCCUGAGCACACAAAACUUGCCUCUCGUUACCUCUUCAUUCUGGAGUUUGUUAUGAUUGUUGUCUUCGGUUUGGAAUAUAUCUUUCGUAUCUGGUCAGCCGGCUGCUGUUGUCGCUACCGAGGAUGGCAAGGAAGAUUGCGCUUUGCGAGGAAACCAUUCUGUGUAAUAGACACCAUUGUUCUCAUCGCUUCAAUAGCAGUUGUUUCUGCAAAAACUCAGGGUAACAUUUUUGCAACAUCAGCACUGAGAAGUCUUCGUUUCCUACAGAUCCUUCGUAUGGUGCGCAUGGACCGAAGAGGAGGCACUUGGAAAUUAUUAGGUUCAGUAGUUUAUGCACAUAGCAAGGAAUUAAUCACAGCCUGGUACAUAGGAUUUUUAGUACUCAUCUUUUCUUCUUUCCUUGUCUAUCUGGUGGAAAAAGAUGCAAAUACCCAGUUUUCUACAUAUGCAGAUGCUCUCUGGUGGGGCACAAUCACAUUGACAACAAUUGGCUAUGGAGACAAAACUCCUCUGACUUGGCUUGGAAGGCUGCUUUCUGCUGGGUUUGCUCUACUUGGCAUUUCUUUCUUUGCACUACCUGCUGGUAUUCUUGGCUCAGGCUUUGCACUGAAAGUACAAGAACAGCACCGUCAGAAACAUUUUGAGAAAAGAAGGAAUCCAGCUGCCAGUUUAAUUCAGUGUGUAUGGCGUAGUUAUGCGGCUGAUGAGAAAUCGGUUUCCAUUGCUACCUGGAAGCCUCAUUUGAAGGCCUUGCAUACCUGCAGCCCUACAAAGAAAGAACAAGGGGAAGCUUCUAGCAGCCAGAAGUUAAGUUUUAAAGAGCGGGUACGGAUGGCUAGCCCAAGAGGGCAGAGUAUUAAGAACAGGCAGGCAUCAGUUGGAGAUCGACGGUCACCAGGUACUGAUGUUACUACAGAGAGCAGCCCAACCAAAGUGCAAAAAAGCUGGAGCUUCAAUGACCGAACCCGUUUCAGACCGUCACUGCGUCUGAAAAGUUCUCAGCCAAAACCAGUGGCAGAUGCUGACACCACUCUUGGAACAGACGAUAUUUGUGAUGAGAGAGGAUGCCAAUGUGAUGUAUCAGUUGAAGAUCUCACACCAGCACUUAAAACUGUCAUUAGAGCUAUCAGAAUCAUGAAAUUUCAUGUUGCAAAGAGAAAGUUUAAAGAGACAUUACGUCCAUAUGAUGUGAAAGAUGUGAUUGAACAGUAUUCAGCUGGUCACCUUGAUAUGUUAUGCAGAAUUAAAAGUCUUCAGUCACGCGUUGACCAAAUUCUUGGAAAAGGACAAAUCACAACAGAUAAGAAAAAUCGAGAAAAGAAUACUGCAGAGAAUGAGACAACUGAUGACCUUAGUAUGUUAGGGCGUGUAGUCAAGGUGGAGAAGCAGGUACAAUCCAUAGAGUCGAAACUGGAUAGCCUGUUAGACAUUUAUCAACAGGUCUUAAGGAAAGGAUCAGCACUCACUUUGGCUUCAUUUCAAAUGCCAUCUUUUGAAUGUGACCAGACCUCUGAUUAUCAAAGUCCUGCAGACAGCAAAGAUUUAUCCAAUUCUGCACAAACCAGUGGAUGUGUAUCCAGAUCAGCUAGUGCCAAUAUUCCUCGUGGCCUACAGCUUAUACUGACACCAAAUGAUUUUAGCACUCAGGCUUACUAUGCUUUUAGUCCAACUAUGCAUAGUCAAGCAACACAGGUGCCAAAUGAUGGACCUGCAACAAUAAUAACUAAUAAUACAUCAAACCAAAUAAACCAGGCAACUAAGCCAACAACACCAACAACAUUACAAAUACCACCUUUCUCCUCAGUCAAGCAUGCCAACUGGCCUGAGCCUCUUCAUAUUAUUCCUGCAACUAUACAGGAAAAUAUUUCUGAUGUCACCGCUUGCCUUGUUGCUUUAAAGGAUAAUGAACAAGUUGCACAGCCCAAAGUGAGAAAGGAUCUUUCAUGGAGAAAAAGCCUCGAUACAGAAGGGGAACCUUUGGUCCCAGUUAAACCAGUAGUGCAAAUGGAUUUAGGAAAGUCUUUAUCUGUACAAAAUCUUAUACAAUCAUCAGAAGGACUGAAUGUACAGGUUGCUGGUAAUGACUCCAGUGGCUCAAAAGGGAGCCAAGAAAUGUACUCCAAGUGGAGGGAGUCAAAAUUAUUUAUAACAGAUGAAGAGUUGGAAGCAGAGACAGAAACAGAAGGCAUCUCUCGCUCAUUAGUGGAAACAACUCUCUCUACUGACUCUCUAAGGACUGGAAUAUCAAGAUCAUCUCAAAGCAUUUGCAAGCCAGGGGACAGUACAGAUGCACUCAGCUUGCCUCAUGUCAAACUUAAAUAACAAUUUAUGGGUUUUCUUCAUUGGCUAAAUAAUUAUUUUAGUCAUACAUAUCAUAGCAUGAACUCUUUUGAAAGCCUUUUUUAAUAUGAUAAAAUUGCAAGAAUCAGGAAGAAUCUGAAAGGCAGUUGUAUGAGCCCAUAUCUUCUAAUUGCAUGAAAAUGCAUGCUUAAGAGACCGCUAAAAUUCAGAUUUAUACCUACCGUACAUCAACACUUUUAUGUAGUACAGUAGGUGUAAAUAAUGAGUAAUCUAAAAUGUUAAUACUGCAGGUUGUGUUAGAAAGCAAAAAUCUGAGCAUUUAGAAAUAGUAUUGUUUCUACAGUACAGAAGUAAAAAGCAUAAGAUUUAAAGCACUUUGCUUCUGGAUUAAUUAAAAAUAUAUAUGUCCUGAAUUAGACAAUAGUUUAUGUUUACAACAAAAUUAUUAUAUACAGCUGCUAGCAAGGUACCAAGGAAACUAGAAAUACAUGACUAGAUAUGGCUGCUAGUUGCAAGAUAUACACAUUAACUCAUCAUUAAUCAGUUAUUUUAACACUCGGCUUUAGAAUGUUAAUUUCUGUAAUUUUAUUUUGGUGAUUUAGUGCUGUGGCAAAGUACUUUGCACAACACUUUCAGGUUGUCAUUUAUGAUAGGAACAUUCUUUUGCUAUGAAAUGUACAAUUUGAAGGGAUAGGGGUUGGCCUUAGUUAUAGAUAAUUGGGACUACUGCACCAAAAAUUCAGGGACAGCUUUCCUUACCCCAGAUUUACUGAUAUCACUGAUGUGCCCUGCCUAUGGAUCUGAAGCAUUCUGGAAGCAGAAUCAGCAGGAGAGGAGAGAGUGCUGCCUUUACUGUAAAAAAGCUUCAGAGGGGUAGCCGAAUUAGUCUGUAA